AUGUCCGCCUCGGCCCGGACCCUGACCGGGAACGAGCGCAAGAACAAGAGCGAGCGCGAGCGUGAAGAUGUGACACAUACAGCAAGCAUGGAGGCGAAUCGCGGAAUGAGCAAGGCCGAGGCACGGGCACGCGAGCGUGAGCGCGCUAUGGCCGAGCUGGAUGCGAGGCUGGAGCGGCAGCGAGCGCGAUCGGUAGCGGUACUCGGCGGAGAGGUCCUCGCUGGCGACGUCGACGGCGCUGCUUCUACCGCCACGGAGCCAGCGUGCUCGUCUGAGGACAGCGGCGAAGGUGCGGCAGAAGGCGGAGGAGAAAGCUCACGGGCAGCCGCGCCCAAGUCUGAGAUCUUUCGACUGCUGAUGGGCGCUGCGCCGGCGACGCGGCGGGCAGUGCCGGCUCAGCCGUUGCGCCCUGCCCCAGAGAUGUUUUCGGGGCCUGUCCGGGUGCGAAGGCGUGCGCCUACCCCUUCUGCAGAGCUGGUCUGCACUGAGCGGGCACAGCUCCGUGAGCUCACCGACAAUGUUCCCGGUGAGGUUGUCAUACCGGCCGAGACGGACAAGCCGGCUGACAACAUCGAUCAGUUGCAGCGGGAGGCCGAGGAGGCGAAGACACGCCUGAAGGUCAAGGAGGCGCGAGAUAUCGAAAAAGCUGCACAGGCGGAGAAGGCCGCCGAGGCUGAGCGUGCACGUCGGGCUCGAGCACGUCAGCGUGUCGAGGCGCAGCGGCUUGCAGAUGAAGCGAAUGCUCAGCGCCUGGCCAAGGAGGCUGCCACAAAGCGGCUUGCCAAAGAGGUGGCCAAGGCGGUAGCGGACGGUCAACGGCUAGCAGAUGAGGCCGCGGUGAAACGCCUUGCCGAAAAGAGCAAGGCACGACGACAGGCUGAGGCUGAGAUGAACGCCGCGGCCGAGGCGCAGCGGAUUACUGACGAGGUCAAAGCCAAGGCUGUGGCUGUGGCCGAGGCUGAGCGCGCGGCGAUUGAGGCGCAGCGGCGGGCCGAGGCGCAGCGACAGGCUGAGGCUGAGGCGAAACAGCAGGCUGAAGCCGAGGCAAAACGGCAGGCUGAAGCUGAGGCGAAACGGCAGGCGGAGGUCGAGGCGCAGCGACAGGCUGAGGCUGAGGCGAAACGGCAGGCUGAAGCUGAGGCUGAGGCCAAACGGCAGGCGGCGGUCGAGGCGCAGCGACAGGCUGAGGCGCAGCGACAGGCUGAGGCUGAGGCGAAACGGCAGGCUGAAGCUGAGGCUCAGGCCAAACGGCAGGCGGCGGUCGAGGCGCAGCGACAGGCUGAGGCGCAGCGGAUUGCUGAUGAGGUCAAAGCCAAGGCUGUGGCUGUGGCCGAGGCUGAGCGCGUGGCGAUUGAGGCGCAGCGAGAGGCCGAGGCGCAGCGACAGGCUGAGGCCGAGGCCAAGUGCGCGGCGAUUGAGGCAGCGCGGCAAGUCAAGACCAAACGGCAAGCCAGAGAGUCACCACAUCAGGCCGCAUCAACCAGGCACAGGACGUCUAUGCGCACACGCAUCGCUACUGCGGAGCACCAGGGCAAGAACACCAAGCCCAUUAGACAGCCGUCUGCCGCAACCAAGGCCUUGCCACCAGUCCUACCGCCGCUGCACAACUUGUCGCCCGUCAAGCGACGGUCAGUCGUGCUCCCAACCCAGCUCGCUUCGAUCUACCCCGAGUUUUCCAAGCUCUUCUCGGCGGUUGUUCUUGAUCCGGACACGCCGGUCAACGCCAUCUACGCCGAGUACAUUGCCGAGCUGGAGGCGUGGCUGGAGGCGUGCCCCAGUGGGCCAGAUGGCCUUUUCUACCGUAUCUCAUCGGCUGGGCAUGAGGAGGUCUACACUAUUGUCGCUGAAUCGCUCGCUACGGUCGGGACCAUGUCCGGCUCGGACUGGGCCGAGCUGCCAGAGGACGCGUCUGGCCUGUGGAAUCUGUUGUGGACUUGGGGGCGACCCAAGGCGGACGUAUGGUCGCAUCUUGUGGCCUGGCAGCGGAUCAACCACUUUCCCAACACCUCGGCAUUGACUCGCAAGGAUCUGCUCAAAAAGUCGAUCGAGCGGCAGGCACGACUCGGCGGGCGGAUGGCGCGAGUCUUUGACAUUGUGCCGACCACGUAUAUCCUGCCGUCCGAGUACGCCAAGUUUGUGGAAGACUUUGCGCGCUCGGGUGCCAAGAACAAGUCUGGCAACGUGUGGAUCAUGAAGCCGGCCGGGCUCUCGCGCGGGCGCGGCAUCUUUCUUUUCAAUGACAUUGCCCAAGUCCGGCACGGCGAACCGGUUGUCGUUCAAAAGUACAUCCCAGACCCACUGCUGCUCCACGGGCGCAAGUUUGACCUUCGCAUCUAUGUCCUCGUCACCUCGUUUGAGCCACUGGAGGCGUUUGUGUACAAGGAGGGCUUUGCCCGGGUUGCCUCGCAGCUGUACGAUACGUCGCCCGAUACCAUUGCCAACAACGUCAUGCACCUCACCAACACCUCGAUACAGUCCGAGGCCUCGACGUCGUACUCGGGCUCGGCCGAUGCGGCGGAGUGGGGCGGCUCCAAGUGCUCGCUCAAGUUUUUGGCCAAAGAGCUGGCUAGCAGCGGCGUGGCCUUUGAGACGCUGUGGAAGGGCAUCUGCUCAGUUGUCCUCAAGUCGUUGUUUGCCGUGAAGGACACAAUUGAUAGUCAGCCCAACUCGUUCGAGGUUUUUGGCUACGACAUCAUGUUCGAUUCGUCGCUCAAGCCGUGGCUCAUCGAGGUCAACUCGUCGCCGUCGAUGACGUGUGACAACCCGCUCGACGUCCGCAUCAAGGGCUCCAUGAUUUCUGACACUCUCAAGCUGGUCAACCCGCUCCGCUUUAACCGAUCUCGUCUCAAGGACAUUCUUGCUGCCGUCACCGCUCAAAAGUACCGCCACGCCUCCAAGGCCAAGUACAACGAGGACUUGUACGAGUUGCUCGCCGGCGCUGUGCCGCGGGUGCCGGGCACCGGUGUCCUACCCGACUAUCUCGGCCUCUACCAUCCGAUCGCGCCGUCUCCGGCGUACUCCAAGCUGGCCACCAUUGCCGGCAUGUGUAAGAGUCCUACAAAGAAGGGUGGCGUGUUUCGGUAAAGCAGCCCUAGCCUCUG